UUAAUAACUGCGCAGAUUUUGACGCCAAUACGUUAUCACUAAAUAAAAUUACAAAGUUUGAGUGUCUCUUGCUUACGAAGAGUUUAAAAAAUAAUCUUGAACAUGUCAGGAGUAUAUAAAAAAAGUCAAAAACUUCAUAAAAAUACAUUAAUGAUACGUAGACGUGUUUCAAGUUCAUUCUCUAAAAAAUCUGAUUCAGAAAAACGUUUAUCAAGAGCAACCAUUCGUUUAAUUGAUGAAUCUGGUAUAGAUUUAACACCAUUGCCAUUAUUAAGUGAAGAGAAACGUAUUCGUGAUGAUAAAGAUACUAUGAGUGCUGAUAUCUCUCAAUCUUCAAAUCUUGGUGGAAGUAGUUUACAUAUUACAAACCCAUUUACAUUUACACGAUCUUAUAUAAGUGGAUCAAGUCCAACUGGUGAAUCUCAUUCAGAGACUAGUGAAGAACAUGAUCGUUAUCAAACAUUUACGGAAGUUAAAACACUUAUACAACCAACUCAAGAAAUUUUAACUGAAAUUGAUUUAAACAAAUUAAUCGAUAUAAUUAUUGCUGAAACAGAAACAAUUUGGAUAUUUGAUCAACCGCCAAAAUUUAUUCCUGGAGAUUCAAUUCAUUUAGAAGAACAAUUAAAACAAAAUGAAAUUUACAAAACAAUCAGUUUGUUAAGUUUGUUUCAACAACGUCGUCUUAUUGGAUCAAUUAGUCGAUUAUUAGCUUGUCAACAUCAAGAAACACGUCUGUUAACUUUAUUAAAUACAAUACCAAAAGAUGUGACUACUGCAUUAACAAUGUGUGAAAUUCUUUGCCAAUUAUUAGGCCCACCCAUAACAUUAUCAACAUCCCCAUCGUCUUUGUCAUCAUCAUCAUCAUCAUCAUCAUCAUCAUCAUCAUCAUCAUCAUCAUCAUCAUCAUCAUCAUCAUCAUCAUCAUCAUCAUCAUCAUCAUUACUUAUAUUAAAUAAAUUUGAUUAUCAUUCCACUGCAUUGAUGAAUCUAUGGUGGUGGUCAUCACUUGGUAUAAUUGUACAUUCAGAUACUUAUCCAGUUCAUUCUGUCGCUGAAUUUGUAUUAAAUUAUUUAUUGGAUACACAAAAAAUCAAUCAAUUAGUUUCAUUCAACACAUGUUGGACAAAUCCGUUUAAUAAUAAUAAUAAUAAUGGUGGAAGUGGUAGUAACAGUAGUAGUAGUAGUAGUAGUAGUAGUAGUAGUACCAAUAGUAAUAAUAAUAUUUCCUCAAUUCGUAUUGAUGAUAUGGUAUUUACAUUAGUGACAAGAGCAAUGAGAUUUUCUGUUCUUGAAAAUUAUUCAAUAAUGGAUAAUUCGAGUAUGAUGGGAACUCAUUUGACACGAAGUAACAGUUCACCACAACUAUUAUUAAAUAAUAAUAAUAUUAGUAAUAAUAACAAUAAUGCCAACACUAACGGCAUUAAUGAAGGCUGUUUGCAUUCUCAACGUAUGAAUUACAAUCAUCAUGGUUGUUGGGAUUAUUACAAUAAUCUUAACAAUAGAGUUUGCAGUAGUGGUAGUGUGGAAACUGCUCUUGCUGUAAAUACAGAAGUUAGUGAUCAAGAGUUUGGUCUCCCUUCAUUAACAACGGCGACAGCGUCAACGGGAACAACAAUAAUAACUGGAAAUAUGAUGGACUCAUCGUCACAAUUCACUGGAAAUAUGUAUAUGAAUGCGAAUUAUGACAAUCACCAAAGAUAUUCACACCCACAUAGUAGUAGUAGUAAUAAUAAUAAUUCAUUUCGAUGGGACCAGUCACAGCAACAACAACAACCAGUUCCGGAUUAUGAUCGUUGUAUGAUUUCCAUACCGAAUGUAUCUGUACCACCGCUCCCAUCUGUAUUCUCUAUGUCUACACAGAAUUGUUUGAAAUUUAAUAAUAGUAAUAAUAAUAACCCACCUGUUUAUCCAAUGUUUAAUUUACAAAAUCUUGACAGUAAUCGUUGGUUCUCGUCACCGUUAUCUUCAGUUACAGCAACAUCACUGCCGACAGUUGGACUACCAACGUCUAUAACUACUAGUAAUAAUCUUGUUCAUUCUACUUCAAACAAUAGUAAUAACCGAUUCACAACAAUUGAUGAUAGUCAGUUGAUUGUAGGCAAUAAUAUGAAUAAUAAUAAUAAUAUUUUAUCAUCAAAUCAAAGUCCACAAUAUCGUCGAUGCUUAGAAACAUUAAAAUUACGUCAAACUAGAUUGGCUGUUGCAUUGAUUCGUGUCUCAAAAUCACAUAUUAAUCGAUUAGAUCAAAUUGUACAAAUUUGUAAUCAAAAUAUUUAUUCAGCUGUUAGUUUAUUAGCUAUUUCUCAACAGGUAUUUGCAGAAGCAGUUGGUUGGAAAUUAAGAUCACCAGUUAAUCGUAAACCUAAUAAUACCAAUUUACUGGAAUCUGCUUAUAGUGAAUGUGGUUGUUUGUUAAAUUCAAAUCCCUCACCUGGUUUAUUGUUACCGACUACAACUAAUCCAACAAUUGAAUCAUUUUAUACACGUGAUCGUAUAUUUCUUAUUAGUACUGCAUUUCAUUUAGCUUUAAUAGUUGUUCUACGUACACUUAGCCGAUCAGUACACUGGCGUCGACGUGAAAUGUUAGCAUGGGCAGUUACAACUGCUUUACAUGUUGGUCCACCUGCUUGUUUAUACUUAAUUUAUCAUUGGUCAUCUUAUGUAAAUCCAAGAGAGGCUGUUAGUUGGCUUGCUCCAGCUUUACUUACAGCUGUCGGUACAUUAGAUGUAAACACGUCAACUAAUAUUACUCCACGUAUGUCAAAAUCUUUGUCAACCAAUAAACUUUGUCCUACUGAUCAAUCAAAUCCGUCUACUAUAGGCAACCCAAUGUGUUUUGAUCAUAAUUCACUAUUCUUCGGUCUUUCUAAUUGGGAUGAUGAUUCUUUAAAUGGUGGCUGUGCUAGUAGUGGUUUAAUGAUGAAUAUGAAUCCUACACCUGAUACAAAUUAUUCAAUAUGCCCAACAUGGUAUUCAUUUUGUCCAACUUUAUUUACUUCAAGAAGUCAUAGUCAUUCGAUUAUUAUGGCGGCUCAACUACUUAACACUGCUGUGCCUUAUUCAAAAGCAUCACGUGAACAAAUUAUCAAUGCUGUACGACGUAUGGCAUUGCAAGCUGCAGCUAAAGAUCCAAUUAAUUGUUCAUUACCUGCAUUAAAUUUAUCAGUGAAAGAUCCAAUUGCUUUUGAUGCAAUUUAUCGUCUUGUAUUGAAUUCCGCUGAAUCUGGUGGUCUUGGACCAAUUCAAUUAUUUUCAUUAGCACGUUAUAUGGAUAAUUGUGGUUGGACAUGGAGAGCAUUUCCUUUUGCACUACAUGCUACACGAUUAUUUGUUUUGUCAACAACUCAGGAAAGUCAUCCAGUUGGUAAUGAUGUAUUAUGGGCAUGUCUUUUGGGGCAUCGACUUGGUCCAGGAGCAUUACAAGAAAUAUUAAAUCAUGUUAUACGUAAUAUACAUUGUCCAACCUUAUUGACAGAUAUUCUACAUCGUUGUCGAUCUAUACCAUGUGGAAUUCAUUUAAAUUCGACAAAUUGUAAUUUAAAUAUGAAUAAUAACAACAAUAAUAAUAUAAAUGGAGUAAAUUCAUCACCAUCAGUCAAAGAAUAA